AUGACUGAGGGAGACUGCCCUAGACUGGAUGACAGUGGGAUACCGCUACUAAAAGAUGUGAGAUGCAUAAUAAAUGAGGCCAGUUGUUUGCUUCCAUUCACCAAAUACUUGGCCGAUGAGGCAGAAUUUACUAGGAUGUAUGGGAGAGUUUUGCAUCUUCUGAAUGUUCCAGUACUGCCAUUAGCCAUAAAAACCUUAAUUCAUUUUUGGGAUCCUGAAUAUCGAUGUUUUACAUUUGGGAAUAUCGACAUGGUUCCUACCAUUGAAGAAUACGGUGUUUUGACAGAAUUUCCUGAGGAUAUCCAUAAGGUUUACUUUCAUCAAAAGAUUGAGAAUACUAUAGAGGAGCUCGCUAAGCUAUUGGGAAUCCGUCAAAUGAGCUUAUAUAGAGAAAAAAAUAAUUCUGGGGGUUUGAGAUGGAAACGAUUAGAAGAGCUUUUGAUUGCUAAAAAGUCUAAUAUUGAUGCUAAUUUGGAGGUAUAUCGAAUAUUGGCUUUGGGGAUAUUUGGGUUGAUUUUGUUUCCUUCGACGGCCGGAAUUAUCAGUUUAGAGGCAGCUAAUUUGUUUAUGGAGUAUGAGAAGACCAAAAUUAAUCCUUCUGCUGCGAUCUUGGCUGAAACUUUUUUAUCUCUCAAUCAUUGCAAAAGGAUUGGGAAAGGUUCUAUGAGAUGUUGUGUUCCAUUGUUGUUCAUUUGGAUGGUAAGCCAUAUAGAGUCCGAGACACCAGUAUUCCGAAAUUUUUGGUGGUUUGAUCAAAAGCCACUCGAGUUAUUUGUAUCAAGUGAAUGGGAAAACUUUUCUGAAGAUGAUUGGAGGGUAAAAUUGCAAGGAAUUCCGCAAAGCAAUUUUAAUUGGAGAGCCCCAUGGAUGAAAAAUGUAGCAUACCUAAUGGGCUGUGGGAAAAAGCCUUGGGUACCUUUGAUUGGGGUGACUGGGUAUAUUAGUUAUGCACCUGCUUUGGUUGCAAGACAGCUUGGGGGCAUACAAAGCAUUCCAAGAACAGUUGGUUUAGCUCAAUUCACUAGAGUCUACAAAGGAGCAUAUAAUGAAAUACUAGAGAGCAUUAAGCAUGAUUGGGGUUCUUUGGUGAUAGUUAAAAAGGAGAUAGGUGUAAGGAAUCCUACGGUUAGUGAAAGGUAUCCCGAAUGGCGUAAUGGAGGAGUCUCUUAUAUGGCAGAAGUUUCUGAAUCUGUGGGCACUCGAAGGAAAAGAGUGAACAGUGAAGAAGAAUUAAGGGAACAAGUAAAAUUGUUACAAGCCGAGCUUAAAGCAAAGGAGGAGCAGAGAGUGUCCUUGGAGCAGCAGUUAGCCAAAAAAAGAGCUGUGAGAAAAACAGUUGAAGAAGAAAAGGACUCUGUGGGUCAAGACUGGAUAAAGGCAAAGGAUGAAUUGAAGACGAUCAAUAAAGACAUGACAUAUUAUAUGGCAAAAGCUAAGCAUUGGGAAGAGUCAGCUAUCAAGACGCAAACUGCAUUAAAAAUGCGUCGGGCGAACGUAGUCAAGCUUAAAGACCAAUUGGGGAGAGCGGAGAUUGAAAUAGUCAACACUAAACAUGUGACUAAAAUACAUGAAGAGCAAAAAGUAGCGUUGAAUGAUCAUAAGGUUGAAGCAGAAGCAUUGAGAUCUAAGCUGGAAAAAGAAAAAUUGAAAACCGCACAGCUUAUAGAAAACCAGAAAAUGAUAAAGCAGCAUAAUCAAACAUUGGACAAUGCUAAUAACUUUUUGUCUAGAAACAACUUGAUUCAUACUGAGAGGAUAAGAGAACUACAAGAUCAAAUUGAUAGAGCAGUUGCAGAAGCCCAUUUAUUACGAGUGGAAGCUCGCCAAGUAGGAGGAGACAUAAUGAAAUAUCAAAGAAGUCCCCAACUGAAACGUAUUCAUAAUACUCGUUCACGAAAGAAAAUGGAAAAUGAAGAGAGAGCUCAGUUAGAAAUGCAACACCAAAGAGAGUUGGAAAGCCUGAAAGAGGAUGUGGCAAGGCUCACUAGCUUGCUCGAGCAAGCUUUGAGGCCUAGAGCUGGGGAAGGAACAUCUUCUCAACAAACAUGUACACCUCAGCCUCCACCUUCCUUUAUUCCGCCAUUCGAACCUCAGCAUGCUGCUCCUUUCGCACCUACUCAAUCAGCACAUCCAAUGAGGAUCCCUCAUAUUGUGUUGACAGAAGAAAAACCUCAAAGGAACAAGAUAAUAGAGGAAAAUGGUCAUGAGAAACUAGCUGCCUUAGAAGAAAGAAUGAAGGCAAUAGAAGGGAAUAGUUUGUAUGAUCCCGUGAAGGCCGCUGAAAUGUGUUUAGUGCCUAACGUGGUUAUUCCUAGAAAAUUCAGAGUUCCAGAAUUUGUUAAAUAUACCGGAACUCAGUGCCCAAUCACCCAUCUUAAAGCAUAUUGUAAUAAGAUGGCUGAAGUAGUCCAUGAUGAGAGAUUAUUGAUCCAUUUCUUUCAGGACAGUUUAAGUGAUGCUGCUCUUGCUUGGUAUAUGCGUUUGGAUAAUACCAAGAUUAAAGGAUGGAAGGACUUGGUUGAUGCUUUUAUUAGACAAUAUAAGUUCAACAUGGAUAUUGCCCCAGAUAGAUCAAGUCUGCAAGCCAUGGAAAAAGGCAAUAAGGAGUUUGUAAGAGAAUAUGCCCAAAAGUGGCGUGAAUUAGCCGCACAAGUAAGUCCUCCAUUGUCAGAAAGGGAGAUGACUGACUUAUUUUCCAAUACUUUCAAAGCCCCGUACUUUGAGUACUUGGUAGGCAGUGCAACACAAAAUUUCUCCGAUUUGGUUGUCAUAGCUGAAAGGAUCGAACAAGUCGUUCGGACGGGUAGGAUCGUGGAUCCUACUGAAAAAAGAGGUUUUAUUAGGAAGAGGAAAGAAACAGAAAUUCACAAUGUUGAAAGGGAAAGUAGAGGGAAGAAAACCUACCAAGAUAAUUACAGCUUCAAAAGUAUUCCACCUACCCCCUCUAUAUCCAAUAUAAAAUUCUCUUCACCUACAAACACCCAAAACAACCCAAUAAACAACCAAACCAAUAAUGCUUACCGCCCAAGAAGAAAUUUUCCAACAGAUCAAGUGCAACUUCCACCAUUACCCAUGUCUCUUACUGAAAUGCACCAAAGAUUGCUUAGUAUUGGUCAGGUAGCACCUAUUCCAUUAGAACCUUUACAACCACCAUUUCCCUUUUGGUAUAAACCCGAUAAAAAAUGUGAAUACCAUGCUGGUGCUGUUGGUCAUAAUAUUGAUGGAUGUAUUGCAUUCAAACGAAAAAUCCUUCAGCUUAUCAAAGCUGGUUGGAUUUCUUUUGAUGAGUCUCCAAAUGUGAAUUCUAACCCUCUACCAAAUCAUGCUUCUGGAAGCGGGGGAGUUAAUAAUUUGGAGAUAGGAAGGGGAAGUACAUCAACUUUAAGGGUGACUAUGGAUAGAUUGUAUGGGAUGUUGAGGCAAAUAGACUAUUUAAAGACACCAGUCAAAGUACAAGCUGUAAGGAAUGAUAAUGAAUAUUGUAAAUAUCAUCAGCAGCUUGGGCAUGAUAUCGACUCGUGUGAGGAGUUCCAUUUGGAGGUAGAAAAUAUGAUGGCAUUGGGAGUAUUAAGAUUAAUAAAACCCAAAGAAGAUGAGUUGGUAGGAACAAUGACUGGUUGUAACAAGAAGGUGGAAGUUUGUAGAUAUAUACCAACCAAAAAGGGUCCACCAAAAAUGAUCCUAACCAAGCCUAUGAAUACUGUUAGCGGGAGUUUUAGUGCCCAACCAUAUAAUUAUGGUUAUUCCUUUCACAACACAAAUCCUGCCCCUGUUUUCCAUGCUGAAAUAGGAGGACUCACUCGAAGUGGGAGAUGUUUUACUCCUGAAGAGUUGGAAAAUCACAGAAAAGCCAAAGGAAAAGAUAUGGUGGAAUUGACAAAGACAGAUGAGGUUAAUAAGCCAGUAAGUGAUGAAGAGGCUAAUGAAUUUCUGAAAUUGAUGAAGCACAGUGAAUAUAGUGUGGUUGAUCAGCUAAAGAAAACACCGGCUAGGAUUUCUUUGUUAUCAUUAAUGUUGAGUUCAGAAUUGCAUAGGAACGUGCUUCAGAAGGUUCUUAAUGAAGCAUAUGUUCCUCAGGAUAUCACACAAGACUCCAUAGAACAUUUGGUGGGCAGGAUUCAAGCCACCAACUACCUCUACUUUACCGAUGAUGAGCUGGAUCAUGAAGGGACCGGUCAUAAUAAACCAUUGCACAUCACAGUAAAAUGCAAGGAUUGUGUGGUAGCUAAGGUGCUUAUAGAUAAUGGUUCUGCUCUCAAUGUAUUACCAAGACAUGUACUUGAUAAAAUGCCAGUUGAUGCCUCUCACAUGAAGCCAAGUACCAUGACUGCUAGGGCAUAUGAUGGGUCACCUCGACCAAUCAUUGGGAGUAUUGAUGUUGAACUAAUCAUUGGCCCACAACCAUUUCAAGUCACAUUACAAGUAAUGGACAUUCAUCCAUCAUAUAGCAUGUUACUUGGGAGACCAGCUGUCGCAUCUUCUUUACAUCAACGGGUCAAGUUUAUCAUCAAUGGAAAUUUGGUGACUGUGAGGGCUGAGGAAACUUUAUCAACAAUGAAAAAUGUAUCGAUCCCUUACAUAGAAACUGAAGAAAGUAAGGAUGGAAAUUUGCAUGCAUUUGAAGUUGUAAAUGCUGAAUGGGUACCAGAAAAUACGAUACGAAGGAAACCAGAAAUUUCUGAAGCAGCAAAAAUGGUUGCUAAAUACUUCUUAAAGCAUGGACUGCCAUUUCAAUAUGACCACACUACCGGAAUGCCUGAGAGGGUUAAUGUGAUAAAAAUGAAGUGCGCGGAUCAAAGGUUUGGCUUAGGGUUUAAGCCUGGGAAAGCAGAUUUCAAAAGAGCAGCUGAAAUUAGAAGAGAAAAGAGAAUGGCCCGGAUUGAAAGGAGAGAACCAGAUGAAGAUCGAAUGGAAAUCCCACCAAUCCAUGUAACGUUCCCAAGACCCGCAUAUGUGAUAAAAACUGAAGAUUAUGAGGGAGGACUAAGAAAGGAAUUCAAUGGUGUUACUAUCAAUUAUCUUGAAAAAGACAGUGAACAAGAGUUAAAGGAAGAAGAUAGUACUCAUGAACAGUUGCCUCAGCUGACUAUUAGCGUUUUGGAAGAUGGCUCAUCAGAAUUCGUGAGGAAACUGGCCGAGGGAGAAGAUUUAGCAAAUUGGGAAAUUCAUGAAGUUCCAAUUAUUUUCAAAAAGAAAUCUGAAAGUGGAUUGUCAUACACCUCACAAACUCAUUGCACUGUGGAUAAUUGGCUUAACUCUGAUGAAAAUAUAAUUGCCAUGGAUGAGGAAGAGUUUGGUGAAGAGGAUAUCCAUGAGUUCGCAAGGUUAGUCGAACAAUCUGACCGCACAUGGAAGCCUGCAAAAGAAGAAUUAGAACUGAUAAAUUCAUACGCUGAUAUGCCUGGUCUGGAUACUGAUAUUGUGGUACAUAAACUACCUUUGAUAGAAGGUUGUAAGCCAGUUAAGCAAAAGUUGAGGAGGACAAGGCCAUAUAUACUAAUCAAAGUGAAAGAAGAAAUAAUGAAACAGUGGGAUGCUGGAUUCUUGAAAGUAGUCGAUUAUUCUCAAUGGGUGUCCAAUAUCGUAGUAGUACCCAAGAAAGAUAACAAAAUCAGGGUAUGUGUGGAUUUCCGAGACUUGAAUAAGGCAAGCCCAAAAGAUAAUUUUCCUUUACCCCAUAUAGAUGUGCUAGUGGAUAGUGCUGCUAAGAGUUCUACUUACUCUUUUAUGGAUGGUUUCUCUGGGUAUAAUCAGAUUAAAAUGGCCGAGCAAGACAAGAAGAAAACAACAUUUGUCACCCCGUGGGGAACAUAUUGCUAUAAAGUUAUGCCAUUUGGAUUGAAAAAUGCUGGGGCAACUUAUCAAAGAGCAAUGGUGACACUAUUUCAUGACAUGAUGCACAAAGAAAUUGAGGUAUAUGUGGAUGAUAUGAUUGCUAAGUCUAAAGAUGAGGAAAACCAUAUCCCAGCUCUGAAGAAAUUAUUUGAAAGGCUGAGAAAGUAUCAAUUAAAGUUGAACCCUGCAAAGUGUACAUUUGAGGUGAAGUCAGGGAAGUUAUUGGGAUUUAUGGUAAGCAAUAAUGGCAUAGAAGUAGACCCUGAUAAAGUGAAGGCCAUACAAGCUAUGUCAACUCCUAAAACCGAGAAAGAAGUUCGAGGUUUUUUGGGGCGUUUAAAUUACAUUGCUCGAUUUAUUUCACAACUCACAGUCACUUAUGAACCAAUCUUUCAAUUACUUCAAAAGAAAAACCCUGGAGUAUGGGAUGAAGACUGUCAAAAAGCAUUUGAUAAGAUAAAACAAUAUCUGCAAAACCCACCUCUAUUGGUACCACCUAUGCCUGGAAAGCCUCUCAUUUUAUAUUUAACAGUGACUGAAUCAGCAAUGGGUUGUGUGCUUGGCCAACAUAAUGAGACCGGAAGAAAAGAACAAGCCAUCUACUACCUUAGUAAAAAGUUCACUGAGUGUGAAUCUCGUUACAGUAUGGUUGAGAAGUUGUGUUGUGCUUUGGUAUGGAGUGCGAAAAGACUCCGGCAGUAUAUGCUAUAUUAUACCACUUGGUUAAUUUCAAAGAUAGAUCCUCUGAAAUAUAUUUUUGAAAAACCGUACAUGUCAAAUAGGCUAGCCAGAUGGCAAGUGUUGUUGACUGAAUAUGACUACAAAACAAGAAAAUCCGUGAAAGGAAGUGCAAUCGCAGACCAUUUAGCUGAUAAUGCCCUUAAAGACUAUGAGCCAUUAAAUUUUGACUUCCCUGAUGAAGAUGUGUUAGUAAUAGAAAGUGAUUGGUGGACCAUGUACUUUGAUGGUGCAGUGAAUGUGUCUGGUAAUGGAGCUGGUGCUGUAAUAAUUUCUCCAGAAGGGAAACAAUAUCCCAUCUCCAUUAAAUUGCAAUUUAGUUGCACAAACAACACAGCUGAAUAUGAGGCUUGUAUUCAUGGAUUAGAAGCUGCAUUGGAACUAAAGAUACAAAAACUAGAGGUAUAUGGAGACUCCAUGUUGAUAAUCUGCCAGACAAAGGGGGAAUGGCAGACAAAAGAUGAGAAAUUGAAACCAUAUCAAGAAUAUCUCUCCAAGUUGGCUGAAAAGUUUGAAGAGAUAGAGUUCAAUCAUUUAGGAAGGGAUAAGAAUCAGUUUGCGGAUGCUUUAGCAACCCUGGCCUCUAUGGCCACAAUCGAUUGUGGUAUCAGAGUACAUCCUAUAGGCAUUGAUAUCAGAAGUUCUCCUGCUCAUUGUUAUUUAAUAGAAGAAGAAAUUGAUGGCAAUCCUUGGUAUGCAGAUAUAAAAAGAUUCAUCCAAUAUCGAGAAUAUCCUUCUGAAGCUUCAAAGACAGAUAAGAAGACGUUGAGAAGAAUGGCCAUGGAAUACUUUCUAGAUGGAGAAAUCUUAUACAAAAGGGCAUUUGAUGGGACUUUAUUAAGAUGCCUAGACAGAUCAGAAGCCAAUAAAGCUUUGUAUGAAGUACACGGAGGAAUUUGCACCACCCAUGCAAAUGGACACAUGAUGGCGAGAAAAAUACAAAGAGCAGGGUAUUUUUGGAUGACUAUGGAGAAGGAUUGUAUAGAAUUUGUCCGAAGAUGUCAUAAAUGUCAGGUGUAUAGUGACAAAAUCAAUGCGCCUCCAUUGCCCUUAUUCAAUAUGGUGUCACCUUGGCCAUUUGCAAUGUGGGGGAUAGAUGUGAUUGGGCCUAUUAAUCCAAAAGCUAGCAAUGGUCAUCGAUUUAUCUUGGUCGCAAUUGAUUAUUUUACAAAGUGGGUAGAGGCCUGUUCAUAUGCUCAUGUGACGCAGAAAGUGGUCAAGCGUUUCAUUGAGAGAGACCUAAUUUGUAGGUAUGGUUUGCCAGAAAGGAUAGUAACCGAUAACGCCAAGAACUUCAAUGGGAAGAUGAUCGUGGAAUUAUGCACUAAAUGGAAAAUCAAGCAUUCCAAUUCAUCCCCUUACCGACCAAAGAUGAAUGGUGCUGUUGAAGCAGCUAACAAGAACAUAAAGAAGAUUGUCCAGAAAAUGGUGGUUACAUAUAAAGAUUGGCAAGAAUGGCUUCCUUAUGCUUUACAUGCAUAUCGAACAGCAAUAAGAACGUCCACUGGGGCUACACCUUAUUCAUUAGUUUACGGAAUGGAGGCAGUGAUGCCUUUGGAAGUAGAGAUUCCUUCUUUAAGGGUCCUCAUGGAAUCUGAGCUAGAAGAGGCUAAAUGGGCAAGAAUACGAUAUGAACAGCUAAAUAUGAUCAGUGAAAAGAGAUUAGCUGCAAUCUGUCACCACCAAUUGUAUCAAAAAAGGAUAGCAAGAGCAUAUGACAGAAAAGUUCGACCAAGAGAGUUUGAAGCAGGAGAUCUUGUAUUGAGAAAAAUCCUAUUACUACCUAAUGAAAAUCAUAGCAAGUGGGCACCCAAUUAUGAAGGUCCUUAUGUAGUAAAAAAGGCAUUCUCUGGAGAAGCAUUGAUACUGACAGGAAUGGAUGGAGAAGAGUUGAGUAGGCCAGUGAAUUCCGAUUCUGUGAAGAAAUAUUAUCCAUGA